AUGUUUCGGACAUUUCAGGAUCUGGAUAAAAACGCUAACUCCCAGAGACAUGUGUCCGAUCUGUACGAGGACCUCAGAGAUGGACACAACCUGAUUUCGCUGCUGGAGGUUCUUUCGGGGGAAACACUGCCGAGGGAGAAAGGACGGAUGCGUUUCCACAAACUACAGAACGUUCAGAUCGCUCUGGACUUCCUCAAACACAGACAGGUGAAACUCGUGAACAUCCGGAAUGAUGACAUCGCCGACGGCAACCCCAAACUGACCCUGGGUCUGAUCUGGACCAUCAUCCUGCACUUCCAGAUCUCGGACAUCCAGGUGAACGGUCAGUCCGAUGACAUGACGGCCAAAGAGCGGCUGCUGCUGUGGUCCCAGAGGAUGGUGGAGAAUUAUCAGGGACUCGGCUGCAAAGACUUCACCUCGAGCUGGAGGGACGGGAAGCUCUUCAACGCCAUCAUCCACAAGCACAGAGCAUCAUCCACAAGCACAGGUGAGGGGUCAGAGCAUCAUCCACAAGCACAGGUGAGGGGUCAGAGGUCAUCAUCCACAAGCACAGGUGAGGGGUCAGAGCAUCAUCCACAAGCACAGGUGAGGGGUCAGAGGUCAUCAUCCACAAGCACAGUCGAGGCAUUGGCCGCAUUCAAGACCCGCUGCUGCAGAACCAAGACCUGGGCCGCAUUCAAGACCCGCUGCUGCAGAACCAAGACCUGUUCAAGACCCGCUGCUGCAGAACCAAGACCUGUUCAAGACCCACUGCUGCAGAACCAAGACCUGGGCCCCAUUCAAGAUCCGCUACUGCAAAACCAAGACCUGAGCCGCAUUCAAGACCCGCUGCUGCAGAACCAAGACCUGGGCCCCAUUCAAGAUCCGCUACUGCAAAACCAAGACCUGGGCCCCAUUCAAGAUCCGCUACUGCAAAACCAAGACCUGGGCCGCAUUCAAGACCCGCUGCUGCAGAACCAAGACCUGGGUUGCAUUCAAGACCCGCUGCUGCAGAACCAAGACUUGGGUUGCAUUCAAGACCCGCUGCUGCAGAACCAAGACCUGGGCCGCAUUCAAGACCCGCUGCUGCAGAACCAAGACCUGGGCCGCAUUCAAGAUCCGCUGCUGCAGAACCAAGACCUGGGCCCCAUUCAAGACCCGCUGCUGCAGAACCAAGACCUGCGGAUCAAGGACUUUUGA